AUGGCCGCGACACUCGAAAGCUUCAAGGGAAGUAUUUUCUUGCGGGAGAUCAGCCCAGUCUCUUUUUGCAAUGCUGCAGUCUCGAACAUCUACUAUGCCGCGCUAUGGUACUCCGGUCGAUAUCCUUGGAAGGUUGAGGAUCUCUUCAAGAGAUAUGGUGAUGUUGUGAGAAUCGCGCCGAAUGAGCUAGUGUUUUGCCGUCCUCAAGCAUUCCAAGACAUCCACGGAAGCGCGGUGAACAACCGCGAGACCUUUACCAAGACAAACUUUCAAGAUAUGGGAGUGUCUCCAGAGCCCGGUAUUUCGGCUGAGAGAGACCCAGACAUCCACCGCGAGGGUGCACGCAAGUUGGUCACGUCUUUCAGCUCCAGGGCGGCUCGGAGCUACGAGCCUGUGAUACACGAUCAUGUGGACUGUUUCAUUCGCAAACUGGAACAUUACCGCAACGGUGGCGAAGUACUCAAUGCCAGCAAGUGGUUUGACUACUUGGCUUGGGACCUAGCCGGCGAUUUGACAUAUGGACGAGAUUUUGGCCAUGUCCAAAAAGGUGAAGCAUCUAUCUUCCUUUCAACCUUCCUGAAAGUUGGGCCCUGGGGGACCGUGAACCAAAUCACUCGGAAAUUCCCUCUUCUGCGGCCUUUGAUGUGGGUCAUGAUUCCUCCAAGUAUCGUCUUGACCAUGCCGACCCUGCUACGGCUCAACCAUCAAGAAGUCAAGGCGCGCAUCAAUCGACGGCAUGCACUCGAUCAUCCGGACUAUAUGCAGAGUCUGAUACCCGUGCAAGAUGGAGAUCUUCCUACAGACGAUUGGAUCUUCGCACAGGCCGAUCAGAUGAUGGCCGCAAGUUUCGAUCCGCUCACAAAUGUCCUCACGGCAAGCGUCUUUUAUCUGGGAAUGAAUCCAGAGAAGAUGGCCAGGACAGUCACCGAAAUCAGGGAAUCAUUUGAAAAGUACGAGAAUAUCACUGCAGAUGGGCUCCAGAAUUGCAAAUAUCUGACGGCCGUCAUCGAUGAGUGCAUGAGGAUCCACACCAACGCUGCCUUUGGGUUGCCGCGUGUGAGCCCAGGGGCCACGGUAGACGGGCACUAUGUGCCGAAAGGAUGCGUCGUCCAGACAUCUCACUUCUCCACGACGCACGACGAGCGGUUCUUUCACCUCGCGCGGGAAUUCCACCCAGAGCGCUUUCUGCCACCGUCGCAUCCGCUUUACGAUCAAAGGUUUCGCACAGACUGCAAAGAUGCCUUUUUACCAUUCUCAUCAGGAUUCCACUCACCCACCGGCAGUAUCGGCGCGGCGCUGGCCGUUGAAUUCUCUCACCGCGGCCAGACAGUCUUUGCAUCCGGCCGCUCCUUCAAUGAGAUCGAUCCCGAAAUCCUGGAAGCCAGAAAAGAUGAUCAGGUCCCAGGAACAAUACAUACGCUGGAGCUCGACGUGACCUCCCAGGUGUCCAUCGACGCUGCCUUCCAGCUUGUGUCGGCGACAACCGGCUGCAGACUGGACAUGCUCAUCAACAACGCGGGGGUAAUCAGCGUCAUGCCGUUCGCGGACGAACCCGUCGAGGCGGUCAAAAAGCUGUACGAUGUCAACGUCUUCGGGAUAUGGGCGGUCACCCAGACAUUCCUGCCUCUGCUCGUGGCCUCGCGUGGUUUAGUUGCCGACCUGGGCAGCAUCGACCCUGUUGCUUGCCCGCCCUACUUCUCUGCAUAUAGUUCCUCCAAAGCCGCUGCCGAGUGUAUCAAUCGGACCAUCAGGCGUGAGCUUGCGCCGUUUGGGGUGCGAGUCGUGAAUAUCAAGUCUGGCAGCGUAGGAACACGGCUUUUCGAGAAUUCUCCCCGGGUACCGCUCCCAUCGGGAAGUCUAUACUCUAGUCUUAGGCAGUGGAUUGAAAGCCGCGCCUUCCUUGAGUUCAGUUUAUCAAGACAGAGCUCAAUAAGCGAGUAUUCUCGGACACUUGCGGACAAGCUUCUGAGCGAUCGCUAUGAGCCGGUCAUAUGGAUCGGCGGGAUGAGCCUGAUGACCUGGAUUUAUAGUCUCUUUGGCUGGGAAACUGCCAUGGAUCAGACAAUGAUACAGGGCAGUAAGCUCAACGAAGUGCGGAUCAGUGCAUCAACUGGGAAUUGA